UGUCACGUUCAUGGAGUAUUAGGGCAAAAGUUUGUUCUCCGUGACUCUCCAUUCUCUGCUUUUUCUUCUGCGUCUUCUUCCUCGACGAGUUUCCAGCUAAAAUCUAGCAGACCACGUACCACCAGAGCUCCUGAAAUUAUGGAGAGUCAUUAAUAGCCGAAGCAGAGAGACGGCAACAGAAUGAGUGCUGUUGCAGGAGGAGGAGGAGGAGGAGGAGGAGGAGCGGAGGCGGCGGAGUCAGGAUUAAUGAGGCUUCCAGAUGAUUCCGUCCUUCUCCUCCGACGAGCUUUUUUAAUUCCAGUUCUACUGCUCUUAUCGUCCUCCGCCAGGGGCUCUGCCCUGGCGCCGCUCGACGACGAGGUACUCGGGCUCAUCGUCUUCAAGUUUGCCCUGGACGACCCCGCCGGCGCGCUCGCUUCGUGGAAUGAGGCCGACGCUUCCCCCUGCCACUGGCGUUACGUGACCUGCGACGCCGCCACUUCACGCGUGGUGGGUCUCUCCCUGCCCGACCUCUCCCUCUCCGGCUCCCUUCCCCGCGGUCUCGACCGACUUCCCUCACUCUCCUCUCUCUCCCUCGCGGGAAACAACCUCUCCGGCCUCAUCCCCUCCGGCCUCUCCCUCCUCCCCUCGCUCCGCUCGCUCGACCUCAGCCGCAACGCCUUUUCCGGCCGCCUCCCGGAUGACCUCUCCCUUCUCUCUUCCGUCCUCUCCGUCGACCUCUCAUCCAACUCCCUCUCCGGACCUCUUCCCUCCUUCCCUGCCUCCCUCCGAUUCCUCUCCCUCGCCGACAAUCGCCUCGAGGGCGUGUUCCCUCCGCUGUCGCAGUGCCCCUUCCUCCUCCACCUUAACCUCUCUGGCAACGGGCUCUCCGGCCAGCUUAGCGGCCUCCAGCAAGCCACUCGUCUGCGAACGCUCGACCUAUCGCGAAACUCCUUUUCAGGGGCCAUCCCCGAUGGAAUCUCCGACCAGCGCAACCUCAAGAUCCUCCGGCUAACUCACAAUCAGUUCGAGGGUACGGUACCGGUCGGCCUCGGGCUCUGCUCGCACUUGGAGACAUUGGACAUUAGCUUCAACUCCCUCGACGGAAACCUACCGGAUACCUUCCAAUCUAUGACGUCUCUCACCUUCCUAGCCUUGUCGGACAACAAACUAUCCGGAGAUUUUCCGGCGUGGAUCGGAAACCUCUCCGCUCUCCAGCAUUUGGAUCUGUCCAAUAACCAGCUUACCGGCCCCUUACCGGAGUCCCUCGGAGGUUUGAAGGGUUUGAACUAUCUUAGCCUAGACAACAACUUGCUCACCGGGCAGAUUUCAGACGCGGUGGAGGAAUGCUCGAAGCUGAGCAAGCUCCGGUUGAAGGGGAACAAGCUCAGCGGCAGCAUUCCUCACGGCGUGUUCAAUUUGGGCCUCGAAGUGCUCGACUUGGCAUCGAACUACCUUUCUGGCGCGGUGCCGCCGCCGUCGACGAGGAUGUCGGAAACCCUGCGCUCGUUGGACUUGUCAUCCAAUCGGCUGGCGGGUGCGAUCCCGCCGGAGAUGGCGACGUUGUCGAGUCUGAGGUACUUGAACUUUUCGUCGAACGAGUUCCAGGCACCGAUGCCGUCCGAGUUUAGUCGUUUUCACUACCUUGCUGUGUUGGAUCUCCGGAACUGCCGGUUGUACGGUACAAUACCACGGGACCUGUGCAAUUCCGGUAGCCUCUCUGUGCUGCAGCUCGACUACAAUUCCCUCACCGGCUCGAUACCGGACGAGAUCGGCAACUGCUCGUCUCUUUACUUCUUGGGAACGUCACACAACAGCUUGAGCGGGUCGAUCCCGGCGUCCAUGUCGCGCCUCAAGAAGCUCGAAUUCCUCAACCUGGAGUUCAACAACUUGAGCGGCGAGAUCCCGCAGCAGCUCGGCGGCCUCGACAGCCUUCUGGCAGUCAACAUCUCCCACAACCGGCUCACUGGGCGGCUGCCGGAGGGCGGAAUCUUUCCCUCCCUGGGCCCGAGCGCAUUACAGGGCAACCUCGGCCUCUGUACUCCACUCGUGAACGAGCCCUGCAUCAUGAACGUCCCCAAGCCGCUCGUCCUCGACCCGGACUCCUACCCGCGCAACAGCGGCAUGGUCACCGUCGGCGCCGACGCUGAUCCGUCUUCGGCUGCGAUUCGGCACCGGAAGUUUCUUAGCGUGUCGUCGCUGGUGGCCAUCUCCGCCGCCCUCGUAAUUGCGGUGGGGGUCGUGGUCGUCACUCUGUUUAGCGUGUCUGCGCGGAGGCGGAUCGUACGGACGGAGGCCGCGCUGGAUAGCAAAGUCUCGAGCUCGAUCGUCUCGGCGGGGGCAACGCCGGCCGUGGGGAAGAUUGUAUUGUUCGGCGCGAGGACCUAUCGUAGAUGCGACGACUUCGUCGGAAGCGCCGACGCUCUGCUUGCCAAGGCCACCGAAGUAGGAAGUGGAGUGUUCGGCACCCUGUACCGAGCCCCCAUUGGCCGAGACGGAGGCGGCCGCGCCGUAGCCGUCAAGAAACUGAUAGCCGAGGACCUAGUCCAUUACCACGACGACUUCGACCGAGAAAUCCGGGCGCUGGCCAAGGCGCGACACCCAAAGCUGAUGCCGCUCCGUGGAUACUACUGGACGCCACAGUUGCAAUUACUAAUCACCGACUACAUCCCCUAUGGAAGCUUACACUCCAUGCUUCACGAUCCUCGGCCGGCGUCCUCGCCGGCGUUGUCAUGGCACGACCGCUUCAACAUCGUAAUGGGCACCGCCGAAGGCCUCGCCCACCUGCACCACGCUUUCCGGCCGCCGCUCGUGCACUACAACCUCAAGUCCACCAACAUCCUCCUCGACGUCGGCCGCAGCCCCGUCUUGUCGGACUUCGGUCUCGCGAAGCUAGUGACCAAGCCCGAGAAGUACGUGAACCUGGCGAGGUUGCAGGGCAGCGGCGACUACAUGGCUCCGGAGCUGGCGAGCCAGAGCGUGAGGGUUAACGAGAAAUGCGACGUGUACAGCUUCGGCGUGGUGAUGCUGGAGGUGGUGACGGGGAGGCGGCCAGUGGAGUACUGGGAGCAGGAGAUGGCGGUGCUAGUGGACCAAGUGAGAGUGGCGCUGGAACAAGGAAGCUCGGCGGCGGAGUGGGUGGACCCGAGCAUGGGCGAGUUCCCGGAGGAGGAGGUGGUGCCGGCCCUCAAGCUAGGACUGGUGUGCGCAUCGCAUAUCCCAUCGAGUAGGCCGACGAUGGCGGAGGUGGUGCAGGUAUUGCAGGUGAUCAGGACGCCGGUGGCGGAGAGAAUGAAAGCGUUUUGAACGACCAAGAAUAAUCGAACAAGUCUUCGUCGUCGUCGUAUUAAUGGUCUCGGUCGUUCUUGUCCAUUGAAUAAUGUUUGAUGAUUUUUAUUCCCUCGAACAAAUUAUUAUUAUGGUUUGUAAUUUAUUAGCUACGUCAAUGAUCAUGAAUUUAGGUCCUUAAA